GCAGCAGCCUGUGGAGACAAGGGGGGGGGGGGGACGAGUGAGCUUGAGUCUGCGUCCACUUCACGCCUGCUAAAUAAGACACGUCCAGUUGUGGAUUAUCUGCGUCUGCUGCCACAGAGCUGGAGGCCCCCCCACCUCCUCCUCCGCCGCCUCCUCCUGCCUCUCACUCUCCCUCUCUCACUGGCAGCAGUGGCAGCAGUGCAGCGAGAGACGGGCUCCUGCUUCUCUCCUGCAGUCACCUCCACUACUGAGUGAAAAGAGAAAGAAGGGGAAGAGGAGGUGGAACACUGAGCGACUCCUCUCAUAUCGUGUACCCGCCUCUCUGCAGCAGAGGACCUUGUGGUUUGGCGAAAUGAACAAAAUGAAGAACUUCAAGCGCCGCUUCUCACUAUCCGUGCCAAGAACAGAGACGAUAGAGGAGAAUGAGUUCACAGAGCAGAUAAAUCAGCUCAACAUUCAACGGAACGAGGAUAUGGUACCAAACAGCCUGGGCCUGCACAGCUUACACCCAGAGCCGAGUCCGCUGGCCUCAGACCACCAGGCCCCGUCUCCUACUCAGCUCCACUACCGCAACAAGGUCCAGCACCGUCGCUUCUCUAUGGAGGAUGUCAGUAAGCGGAUGUCUCUGCCCAUGGACAUUCGCCUGCCGCCGGAGUUUCUGAAGAAGCUGCAGAUGGAGAGCCCACAGCCCUGCAAACCGCUUAGCCGCAUGUCCAGACGAGCCUCACUGUCUGACAUCGGUUUUGGGAAACUGGAGACCUAUGUGAAACUAGGCAAACUGGGAGAGGGCACUUAUGCCACAGUAUUCAAGGGGCGCAGUAAGCUGACAGAAAAUCUGGUGGCCCUGAAAGAGAUCCGGCUCGAGCAUGAAGAAGGAGCCCCAUGCACUGCCAUCAGGGAAGUUUCACUCCUGAAGAACCUGAAACAUGCCAACAUUGUUACUCUGCAUGACAUCAUUCACACUGACCGCUGUCUCACUCUGGUCUUUGAGUAUUUGGAUAGUGAUUUGAAGCAGUACCUAGACAACUGUGGAAACCUCAUGAGCAUGCACAAUGUGAAGAUAUUUAUGUUCCAGCUUCUCCGCGGUUUAUCCUACUGUCACAAGAGAAAGAUUCUACACAGGGACCUCAAGCCACAGAACUUGCUCAUCAAUGAAAAGGGAGAACUCAAGCUGGCUGACUUUGGCCUGGCGAGAGCGAAAUCCGUCCCGACGAAAACCUACUCCAACGAGGUGGUGACUUUGUGGUACCGGCCCCCUGAUGUUCUGCUAGGUUCUACGGAGUACUCGACACCUAUAGACAUGUGGGGCGUGGGGUGCAUUCUGUACGAAAUGGCGACGGGGAGGCCCAUGUUUCCCGGCUCGACUGUCAAGGAGGAGCUGCACCUGGUCUUUCGCCUCAUGGGGACCCCAACUGAGGAGACCUGGCCAGGAAUUUCUGCUAAUGAGGAGUUCAAGUCCUACCUAUUCCCCCAGUAUAGAGCCCAGGCCCUUAUAAACCACGUUCCCAGGCUGGACACAGAGGGUAUUGACCUCCUCUCAGCGCUUCUACUGUACGACACCAAGAAAAGGAUCUCGGCCGAGGCGUCGCUGACACACACAUACUUCCUCAGCCUGGGAGAGAACAUCCACUCCUUACCAGACACAUCGUCUGUGUUCUCGCUAAAGGAGGUGCAGCUGCAGAAGGACCCAGGCCAUCGCAGCUCUGUCUUUCAGCCCCCAGGUCGGGGCAAGAACCGCCGGCAGAGCAUAUUCUAAUGGCUGAUAUGGUGGCCACCCAAAAGAGGAAGGUGUACAUCAGAUGAACAACAUCACUAUGAAGCAAAUGGCUGUAGCUGACCCUUCCGUGUCCGACCUGCCCGCCCGUCUCCUGAAACCUUCCCUCAGUGAUACACACAGCUGAAAGACAGGAAACUGGAGACCUUACACACUGAGGUCAACUGUAUUCGCCACUGCUAUAUAUGAUUAGAGUCUAUUACCUCCCCAAAGAGUGGUAAACAAACGCCUGGCUUUCUCCUGCUGUCCCGGGUCCUUGGAGCCUUGAACAAUAUAGGCCAAAACACUCUUACAUUUCUGUAAAGAAUGCUGGAAUAUUCUCAUGAAUACCGUUUUUUGGACAUGGGUCUGUGCCUGGUUGCAUAACAGCACUGAAGUUUCCUUUAACGCUUUAGAUUUCACUCAAGUAAAGAUAUUAAAUAUGUGCAGUGCAGUGAACACCUUAAAUGUUUUCUUGGCUAAAAACAGCAGUUUUCUCUGAUCAGAUAUUGUUUUAUGUCAAGUUUGACUGUUGCCAUGGAGACAGUUAGCUUGCCUGACUUUGUGUUAAUCCCUUUGAAUGGCCAGUUUUAUCACACACUCCUAUAACCUAAGAACAGCUCAGGCAGUUUGCGCUGAAGUCCCUGUAGUCACUGAAUAAUAAGCCUUAGUAUGUAAUAUGCCUGGGAUUUUAAGGGGCUCAAAUUCGGAGGUUUCCCAGUCUGUAGUCUGUUAUCAUCAUCAUCAUCUUGUCUGAAAAAUUGGAGUUCCUUACCGAUUUUAAGGUUUCGCUAAGCCCCUGCUGUUUUCUUGAAUUAAUAAUUCUUGAUAAAUGAAUCAGGACCAGUCCCAUUUCUUACUUUUACGCCUACCUCUUGUUUUCAAGUGUCACCUUAGGCCUUGGAACUGAGUUACAGGGUCAGUGGUUGAGAUCUUCCCUCUGAAAUGAGACCCUCAAAUAAAAAGA